AGAGGCUCCGCUGCCGUCCCGGGGCAGGCCAUGCCGCGCUCACCCCGGCUCUUCCCGCUGCUGCUUCUGCUGCUGCCGCCGCUGGCCGCGGGCCUCGGGACCCGCGGCGCCGGCGGCCGGCGCCCCGAGUGCGGUCCGUGCAGUCCCGAGCGCUGUCCGGCGCCCGGGCGCUGCGCGGCGCCCGGGAUCGCGGCGCGCGACGAGUGCGGCUGCUGCGCGCGCUGCCUGGGCCCCGAGGGCGCGCGCUGCGGGGGGCGGGCGGGCGCGCGCUGUGGCCCCGGGCUGGUGUGCGCGAGCCGCGCCGCGGGGACGGCGCCCGAGGGCACCGGGCUCUGCGUGUGCGCGCAGCGCGGCGCCGUCUGCGGUUCCGACGGCCGCUCCUACCCCAGCGUCUGCGCGCUGCGUCUGCGCGCCCAGCACGCGCCCCGCGCGCACCCGGGCCACCUGCACAAGGCGCGCGACGGCCCCUGCGAAUUUGCUCCUGUGGUCGUCCUUCCACCUCGGAGUGUGCACAAUGUCACCGGGACACAGGCACACCUGUCCUGUAAGGUGAGGGCUGUGCCUGCGCCAGUCAUCACCUGGAGGAAGGUCACACAGUCUCCUGAGGGCACCCAGGUGCUGGAGGACCUGCCUGGGGACCACGUCAAUAUAGCUGUCCAGGUACAAGGGGGCCCUUCUGACCACGAGGCCAGGGCCUGGAUUUUGAUCCACCCUCUGAGAAAGGAAGAUGAGGGAGUGUACCAGUGCCAUUCAGCCAACGUGGUUGGGGAGGCCCAGUCCCACGGCACGGUCACAGUCACCGAUCUGAGUAAAUACCAAGCCCCUCGCUUCCCAGCUCCAGGGUCUUAGGAACAUUGAUCACAGGAUGACGGAAAUGAAUUAUUUUGCUUUGUGAAGAGCUGGAAAAACUGUGUUUGUGGAUGACCCCUUUUGUGUGUUUUUAAAAAUUAGAUGCAAACUAGAUUUGUAUGCAGAUGUAGUUUUUAGCAGGGCAAACAUUAGAAAAAUGGGCUACAUGUAGCUUUUUUAUACUUUUGAAAUGAAUUGCUCUGUGAGAGUUCUUUUUGUAACUCCUCCCUCCCAGGGAAGUCGUGUCAUGGUCUAUUUGUAAUUCUGAAGGGCUGGAGCGUGGCAUGUGUCAGCUGGGACUGUUUACCUCGUUUGUCCGUGGCUCACUAGUGGAGCUCUGUGAUGUAGACAGUGUGUAUUGUAGGACGGGGAGGGUCCCGAUGUCCUCUGCCUGCUAUGGUCUCUGACUGCUGUGUGACCUGGACAGGGCCCUCCCCUCUCUGGGCCUUGGUCUCUUCACCUGCGAAUGUGACUGUAGACUGGAUGUUACCCGUGUCCCUUCAAGCCCUGCCAUCCUAGAGUAAGAUGGCCAUAAAAGAUGGGAAAAGUA